ACUGCAUCUACCACCGAUUAUCGCGUGUCAGUUCACGACGUUUUCCACCAUCCUCUUUCAAUUCGUGUGCGGCUGUCUGUCGUGGGCUCUGAAGAGUGACGGCGCCCGACGUGUGUGACACAAAAUUCCAAUUUCUUUUCGAACCAUUUUUGAAAGUGAUCUUUCGACAACGAGCCAACCGAAAAGUAGCUGCUUUUGCCUCUGAUUGUGCGCGAAAAAGUGAUUUUCUUCCGGAGCAAACACUGAGAAACAAUCAUCCGAAAGGUGCAAAAGUUCCCGGAAAAGAAGAGACAGCAAAACCGCAACGACAAUGGCUGGCAAAUCCAACGAAGAAGUUGAGAAGCAAACGGAGAACACCGAGCAGAACCACGCUGAGCAGGGAGCAGUCGUCGAUCCAGAAUGCCUAAUCAAGCACCCGUUGCAAGCCACUUGGACCCUCUGGUACCAGGAACCGGAUCGCAGCAAAUCGUGGGAAGAUACCCUUAAUGAGGUGACCAGCUUUUCCACCGUAGAGGACUUUUGGAGUUUGUACAAUCACAUUAAGAGCCCGGCCGAUAUCAAGGUCGGAAGCGAUUACUCUCUGUUCAAGAAGGACAUCCGUCCGAUGUGGGAAGACGAGGGCAACAAGCGUGGCGGCCGGUGGAUGGUCAACGUGCCGCGGUCGCAGCGUCAGGAUUUGGACAAGUACUGGCUGGAUACGAUUUUGUGUCUCAUUGGAGAAGCAUUCGAAAGUUCAGAUGAGAUUUGCGGAGCCGUAGUGAACGUACGCCCGAAAGGAGACAAAAUUGCCAUUUGGACUGCCAACUUCCAGAACCGCGAAGCCGUCAUCAACAUUGGUCGCAUUUAUAAGGAACGGUUAGGACUAAAAGCACCACUCACAUACCAUCUUCACAAGGACACGAUGGUCAAAUCCGGAUCGAGCGUGAAAGCCGUCUACACCCUGUAGGCCCGUUUUGUGCCAGCCACUUUGCAGCGCGGAAUUAUCUUAUUCUUGUUUCCUUUAUAUCUAUCCCAUUUGUUGAUUUUUUAUCGCCGUUACUGCUUCGUUUCUAAUCAAUCGAUCCAUUUAGUCAUGCGGUAAAAUUGAGGCGCACUCUCUGCUAGUAGAUUCUAGCGGUAAAGAUUCGAUUCACGGUGAAAGCAAACGAAAUACCAGAACCUAUUAACAAUCUAUGCGGAAGCCCUACAUUUAGACACGUAUAUUUACGACUUAAGCAUACAACUCCCAUUACACGCUUUCCCCCUUCUCGGUUCUCGUACUUUCCCUUCCUGCUUUCUCGUGUUAGGCAAAUGCAGGAUUAAACACUGAAACAUGCAUAUUUAUAUUAUGAAUUAAUGCUAAAUAAAAGAAUUUAUACGAAAGAUCGACGCAUAUAUCCAAUAUUGAACUAUAGUUAAAACAUAUGUCCCUCAUGUGGGGCUGUCCCCGAACGACGAUAUAUACCUAAACUGAUGUAGAUGCAAUCGAUUGCACUUGACGAGAAAGAGGCGUGUUGAGGACGAAGAGAAGGCGGUAAAACAAAACAAAAAUGUUAGGAAGAAAAUCACUACUUUUUAAGAAUUUGGAUUUGAUUUGGUUUGCUUUGGAACUAGUUUGGAGAAAGUCCUGAAACGGUUGCUAGAAGUACGAUAAUGAUAUGUAGAGCAAACCCGGAACAAAUCAACAUUCUCGCUCAAGGCUAUCCUACAAUACGGUUUGGGUUGCUAUUCCCCGGGAAGUGCAGAUUGAAAUUAUUGGCUAAUUUUGUACUGUAAUUAUUGUGUAUGGCAUAUUUUUAUAAACUGAUGAUUGUACCGUAAAUAA